UUCUGUGAAGGGUUUGUAAAUUGUAACUGUCGAUUUCAUAACUGUGAAAAAAUAUUUAAAAUUAUAAAUUGCAAUUAUUUUUAUAAGAUCAGUUAAAAGCCAUUUAUAAAAAAAAAAAAAACUAUGGUUGCUAACUCUUGUUGUUAACCCUUACUAUUCAUACACUUCUAAUUAUUGUAAUUAUCCACCAUGUCUUCAGUUUCAUAUAUUCCUGGAAUAAGUUACUUAAAAUGCUUUUUUGUCAGUUGCUAUUCUAAACUUUGCACGCAUUCAUAAAGGAAAAGAUAAACACCGGUCAGAUAGAUUUUUUUUGCACUCUAGCCGCUCCAAACUUAUUAAUAAUGAAUGAUAGCCCUUAACAGUGUCUUUGAGAGCUUAUUUACUAUUUUAUCCACCCUGUAGAGACUUUUACUAAAGAAAAGACAUGUAGGACAUGGUGCUGUUUCCAUUUCCUGUUUAUCAAUGUGCCUGUUUUAAUGCAGCACUGAGACAACCUGCAGCUGCUGCAGAUCUUCACAAAACUUGACUGGCUGCUCUUCUAAUGUUUGAAACAUAGGGGGAGUCAACACCUAGGAUGUUUUCUUUGUGCUAUUCAGGCAUGUUUAGAACAUGAAGUCUUGUAUUCUCAACGUUUUCAAAUCUGUUUUCAGUGUUGCAUGCAUUGGCAUAUAUUGCUCUUCAUGGACAUUUAAGGUUCGUGGUUUAUGAAAAUUUGAUUCAAAAAAAAGAUAUCUAAAUAUUUUUAAAAUGAUAUUGCAGGUGAAAACAGCUGAGAAUUGUAGGCUUGUUUCUCAGCAAAAAUGAUUAUUCAGCAAAUACAGACCAUUUGUCAAGAGUUUAAAUGAGCUUAACUGAGGUAGAUUCUUCAUUGGCCAAAUACAUUCACACAUACAAGGAAUCUGACCUCAAACUAGGGUCUUGUAAGAUGUUUACACGGAACGCUAUAAUACAACAAUAAUUUGGGGACAUAUGCUUGCAAAGACACACAUUAAAACAACAACAAUUCAAGCAGAGUUCCUAUAGAUUUGAAACAAUGAAAAGAUGUGCACUGAAGUCUGGAUAAAUAUAAAGUGUGUAAAGACCAUAUGGGCUGUCUGUCAGUGAAUAUUUACAGUAUAUGCACACAUGCUGCUUGUUUAGUUUAUGCAGCUUGCUUGAAUAUAUAUUUGACGAUGGCAUUUGCAUGUAACAGUUAAAAAUGUCAGCAUGCUGAAGAGACGGAAAAGAUUUAACUCUCAGAGAUCAUUUUCCUUGACUCUCCACCUCCUUGACUGCUGUUGGAAAGCUCGGUUGCUGUUUUCUACGUCUAUAUCAUUUAUUUUUUCUCUUUAUUUAUGCUCAGAAAUACAAAAGAGUUUGUUCUGCAGUAUAACUUAUGUGGGCUUGGAUCUAGAUAUACAUUCCUUCUUUGUUUUCAAAGUAAUACAACUAGGCUGAAUCUGUAUUUGGAUGCAGUCGUAGUACCAAGAAAUCUUGAUAAACAUGGAAUAACGUAACGGAUUCUCUACACCCCACAGUUACUUUUGACAACAGGUCAAUUGUAUUAGCUUCAGCAUAAACUUGUCCUCCCAUCUAUUCUAAGUUUAUCGUUGAGAGAAAGCUCUUGCUUGAAGGAGACUCUGCACUCAAACAGCAACAAAUAUUGGAGUAAAAAAUCUGCAACAAAAUGCCCAAAGAAAAUGUGGAUGAAUAUCAGCCUCUGCUCAUUAAAGGAGCAGAAGACAGAAAGCGGCGAAAGGUUCCAAGCAAACCUCUUCUCCUGGCUGUGUGUGCUGCUUGUAUCGGAGGAACCUUUCAGUAUGGAUAUAACAUAUCUGUCAUCAAUGCACCCACACAGCCUGUGCAGAAUUUCAUCAACCAAACCUGGAGGGAGCGUUACCAAACUGGCAUAUCAGAAGAUGUUCUCACCCUUCUCUGGUCCACUAUUGUGUCUAUGUUCACUUUAGGAGGAUUUGUAGGAGCAAUGAUUGGUGGCACGUUGUCUGUAAAGCUGGGGAGGAAAGGGACUCUGCUGACCAAUAACAUCUUUGCAUUAUUGGCCGCUCUGCUGAUGGGUCUGAGCCACUCUGCAGGAUUGUUUGAAUUACUCAUCAUCGGACGCCUUCUCACUGGAAUAAAUGCAGGUAUUGGCCUUUGUGUUCAGCCUCUAUAUCUGGCUGAAAUAGCCCCGACUGCAAUACGUGGUGCUAUGGGGAUGGGAACCUCGGUUUUCAUCACUGGUGGGAUCUUGACCGGACAAGUGAUGGGUCUCAAAGAGCUCCUGGGAAGAGAAGAGCACUGGCCCAUCCUGCUCUCCACCACUUGCAUCCCAGCGUUCCUGCAGCUCCUGAUCCUGCCGUGGUUCCCGGAGAGUCCACGCUACCUGCUCAUUGACAAAGGGGACGAUGAAGGGUGCAAGAAAGCUCUGAAGCAGCUGCACGGUAUGGCUGCCUGUGAUGGUGAGCGGGAGGAUAUCGAGAAGGAGAAGAACAAUCUUGCUGGAUUCCAGGCCAAGAAACCGUGGGAGCUGUUCACUGAUCGCAGUUUACGCUGGCAGCUUCUCACCGUCGUUGUGCUCAACAUUGCACAACAGCUGAACGGCCUCAAUGCUAUUUACUUCUAUGCAGGUUACGUGUUCAAACAAUCAGGUAUUCCCGAUGAUAAAAUCCCAUAUGCGACUGUUGGAACUGGUGCCUGUGAAUGCAUCACAGCUUUAACAUGUGGAAUGCUCAUUGAAUGUCUGGGAAGGAAAGUACUCAUCACAGGCGGAUACACUCUGAUGGGUAUCUGCUGCAUUUUAUUCACGCUGACACUCACUUUUCAGGAAGCCAGCCCAGUGUUCCCAUACUUGAGCAUGGUGUGUGUUUUUGCUUUUAUCUUGAGUUUUGGCUUGGGACCAGGUGGCGUGACCAACAUCUUAACCACUGAGCUGUUCACACAAAAUGCACGCCCUGCAGCGUACAUGAUCGCUGGAUCAGUGAACUGGUUGAGCUUUUUCUCCAUUGGCAUGAUCUUCCCCUUUAUUGUGCUCGGCCUGAAGCAGUACUGUUUCCUGGUCUUCCUGGUCGUCUGCUGCUUGGUGGGAGCAUACAUUUGCCUUGUUGUUCCCGAAACCAAGAACAAAACUUUCUUGGAAAUCCAGAAUGAGUUCCUGUCGUCCAACAAGAGGAAGGUGGGCAGUUGUGAUGGAGCAGGAUCAACACUGUUAUCGACUUCCAUAUGAGACACACCUCAUAUCUGAGGGGUCAAGUGACUGAAGCCUCUUUGUCUCUCACAAUAUUUAUGACACAAAGAUAAUUAAUGAGGAUUUCAAGUUCACACAUGACACAACAUAUCCGCGAUGUAGCGUAACAAUGAAUUACACUGUCAACCACGGUGCCUUCAGAGAUGUGCUGGGUCAUCGUAGCUGAAUCUAGAUGAUCUACAAAGUGAUCCUGCUAAUUGAUAUUUUGGUAUAACAAGUGCUGGUUUUUAAAGCUUUUAUAAAGGGCGCUCUACUGAGAUUUUUCAGUAAAGAUCAGUUUCUGAACAUUUUUUUCCAAAUCCAUGUAAAUAAGCUCAGAGUGAACUCUGCAAGGCAUUUAGACUGCUUGAUAUUUAGCUUUUCUAAUCUUUCAGUGUGGCAUGUGAUCUGGAGAACAGAGGGUUCACUGAAGUGUUCAUUUGCAGGGUUGAACGAGUUUUACUGAGUGUGUGUGUGUGUGUGUGUGUGUGUGUGUGUGUCUGUGUGUGUGUGUGUGUGUGUGUGUGUGUGUGUGUGUGUGUGUGUGUGUGUGUGUGUGUGUGUGUGUGUGUGUGUGUGUGUGUGUGUGUGUGUGUGUGUGUGUGUGAGAGAGAGAGAGAGAGAGAGAGAGGGAGAGAGGGAGAGAGAGUAUCAGAUUAUUAGAUGUAUUGAUAUUUUCCCCUUGAAAAGACAAUAUAUGAUUAAUAUUUAUGUAAAUAUAUACAAAAAGAGACUAAAGUAAAAGAACUGAACAAUCUCAUUUGCAGAGGAUUCUAACAGUUAAUUUGUUGGCAUGGUUACUGUUAAAGAUCUAAUGUGACAUCAUAUGAAAGCAUGUGCUCAAUAAAAUCCAGGCCAUCUAAGUAAGUCAGAAAACCAGAGGUAAAGAGUUUUACUCAAACUGAACUGCAACAUCAUUCUGAUUGUGACACAACAGUUUAACUGUGACCUUCAUAUCAUUUUUAUCUGUCCCUAAAACAACAAUGUUUACUUAAAAAAAUCUACUUGAGUAAGAGUAAAAUCUACUCAAAACAUCCUCAGAGUAGCUACUCAAUACUGACUACUAGCCUUAAGUAUUUGGCUCAACUUCCCAGGUCCAAUAAUAGGCUUAACUUCAAAACUAUUCAUUGCAGCGUUGAGGAAAAUGUGAUCAGAAUAAAUGUGUGUUCUUUUAUUAAUAUUGUAUGGUGUUUGGUGAGCACAAAUAACUGAAAAGAAGAGAUAAAACUCUGAAUGGAGCGACCACACUGCUUAGCUCACGUAGUCACUAUGAGUAUGUCCUUCAGUUGUUCAUACAGCGACACAGCUAACUCCUGAUUUACAUGAUAUGCUUCACUUAGCAGGAAAAAAUGUUGGCAGCCAAGAUUUGGACACAUAUCCUACUGAUUUUAAGCAGCAAGCUGUUGUCUCAGUAGGAAGCAGUGACCAUACAUGCUUGGCCAGAUUAACCUAUCAAGGGGAUGUGUGGCAAAAAUAAUCUGUGGGCCGUUGUUGAACCUCCACUCCUGCUCUGUGUACUGUGUGUAGCAUGCACCCUGUGGCCUUCAAACACUCAUGAAGUGACCCAACAGACUGCUCAGGCCUGCUUAAUUAUAUUUUUCUUUGCUCCACAAGCAGUACACCUAUGCUAUAAUCUAUAUGGUUCCCAGAUACACACUACACACACUAUACAUGACACUUGUAAAGGUCUCAAAGCAAAGUUUGGACAUUGGGUCUCCAUUUAAGACGGGCCCUCAAGAUAAAGAAGUAACACGACCUGCCUUAAGCUGCCUUUUUUCACAUUAUAUUAGUUUUUAAUGGGCAACCUUGUCAAUAAAUAAAUAAAAAUGUUGAAUUGGCAAAA